AUGCCCAGACACGUGCCUAUGCCUAUUCCCAGAGAAUUGGAUUUGAGAAGGUCGCAAUAUGGCGGUACGACAUUAAUUAGUACUACCACUGCCAAUAUUGUCGUGGAUAAAAUGAAUUCUGUCCCAGGGUUUCUUGCAAGUGCUGCAUUCUUUACUUUCCUCCGCGCAAAUCUAGUCCUCCCACCAUCAACCCUUAACUCUGCAUCCUCGACUCCUAUCCUUGACGCAUAUUCCUCUCAUACCCUUCCACCACUUCGCUCAUCAUCUCUCGCAACCAUGUCUUCCAACAUCGACGAUGACAUCAUUGCGCCCAAUCCUCUCGACGGUGUUCCCUCACUUACCACUACAGUCUUGGACGCCGAAGACGACAAAAUCAAAGCCUUAAAACUCGUCGCAGAUUCCAUUGCCCAACAACGACAAAUUGCCGCUCAAGCAGUUAUCUUUCAUCCGCUCACCCUUACGUUAUACGCAUUGGUAAUAGGAAUCGUUACAAAAUGGCAGUACAGAGAUACUAGCGAUUUGGGACUAUUGGGAACCACACUUGCAGGAGUAACAAUGGCAUGUUUAGUAGCAGUACGAGCUGCAACUGCCGGAUAUUUACAUACGGCUGAGGAGUUCAACUGGAAUUUUGCUAAGAAUGAUGAGGGAGAGGAGGAUAUCAUUAUUGGAUCUCGAUAUGGAGAAGAACUAAUUGGAGCUCUUAUACUACGCAUUGAGCGAGCCCCUCAUCUGAAUGGCUUACCAAAAAAAGGGAAGAGUGGAAGGAAGGGAGGGAAAGGUGUAGUUAGGGCGUGGACUACAAGAGUAAGGUAUAGAGGUACAGGCGUGGGAACUGAGAUGUUGGAAGAGGCACUGAGGGAGACGAGAGGGAAGUUGGGCAAUUCGGCAGAAGUAGGUUUUGCUAAAGAACAUGCAAAUGCAAAAAUGAUAUUGCCGGAGAUGUUCAAUGGGGAAUUUAGGAGGAGGGAGAGGAGGGCUGCAGGUGCGUUGGAGGCGGUGGUUGAGGGUGGAAGAGGGAAGAAGAGGUAG